AUGCCGUUUUGUUAUGAAACAUUAGUAGAUUCCGGAGAAGCGGACUAUGUUUACUUUGGAAGUUUUGUACGCCCAGCUUCGAAGGAUGUAUUAAUAGUAAAGGAGAGUAAAUUGAUCAUUUACACACUGACACAGACAAAUACAGAAGUGUUGUUCGAUGAUGAUCUAAAAUUAACAAAAAAGCUGGCAAGAUUAAGCGAAAAUGGACUGGUAGAACACGUACUGGAAUAUCCAUUCUUUGGGUGUGUUUUGUCAUGCUGUACUUUAAAACAGCUGAUAUACACUCAAACGGACAACAAUGAGUCUUACGUUUCUACCGGAAGUAAGAGGAAGAAGUUAAACAGGUCAGCCCUGUCCGGAUAUAUCGACGGCAUAGUACUUUUGAUGGACGAUGGGAAUUUGCUGAUUUGUUACUUUAACGCGAAGGAAUUUGACAUAAAGAUAGCGUCGUCGUACACUUUUAGAGGAUACGAGAAUUUAAAUGACCCGGACCUGAACUAUGAAACACACAUGGCAGUGUACGAACAUAAAUGGGAGAUCAAUAAUCAGAUCAACAACGAGAAGGUGUACUCAAAAAACUACCUGCUGGUCUUCACGAGGAAACAGACUGAAAUUAAUUUCAUGGUCCUGCAGUCAAUGUAUUCGAGUGUGCGUGGUUGCAGCGUAACAGUGGAUAAAGAGGGCACGGGAGGUGCAAAGGGCCCCGGAGACCCGGGGAGAUAUUGCAACACCGACGAGGGACAUGGCGACGGUGUUGGUGUAGACAACGGUGGAAACGGAGCCCAGAACACCAGUGUAAGUGGGACAGCCACAAGUGCCACGGACACUGGGCCGAAGCUGCUGCUGUCAGGACAGUCAACCUUCGACAUUAACGGAAAGUUUAACCUGUCAAACAGCUUUAUAAAAAACGUGACGUUCAUUGAGGGGUACUACAUGCCGAUCGUAGGCCUGCUGAUAACAAGUUACCCGGAAAAAAUAGGAAACUCGGCCUACAACUGCUACAGUGGACUGUCCAAAUGGCAGAAUUUGGGAAAAAAGGGCACUAAGGACAGCGCGAAGGACGAGUCAGUGGUCAGCUGCUCGCUCCUGGUGCUUAACAUAGACCUGCUGACGCUGAACAUAAGCAUCAUAAAUAGAAUAGAUAACCUGUUCAUAGACACUAUUGGAGUGAGGGGCUUCUGCUACGACGACUUCGUGGGAUUCGUGUGCCACAACAACGACUACCUGCUGUGGUUCAAGCUGUUCAACUCCUCGGUAUACUAUCAGCUGAUGAACGUGUAUGCGCUAUUCCACCCGCGUCUGGCGCACCUGGCGAGCAGAGGCAGCAAAGUCUCGAGAGAUAAGCUGAUAAACAACAUGAAUUUGAACGUGGAGUUGAGCGACUACAGAAUGGAGGUGAUAGACAGCACGUGUAGACAAUGGGACGGAAUAGAGGAGGGGCAGGAAGGAAGAAAGGAAGCAGGUGGCAUGUCGCAGGAACAAGGGGAUAGGGUGAGCGAGAAGGACGCCAAGUUCGUGUUGUUGCUCCCAGCAGUGGCCGGCAAGAGCGUGUACUAUGGGAGGCUCGUCUACAGAAGCGGCACGAUAGUGAACAUAGAGUGGUCUGCAGUGAGUGUGAGCAGCGCCAGCAAGAGCGCGUCGGCAGAGCAGGUGUGUGGAAACCACUUUGACGUCUUGCCGAUAAGUGAAAGCGACCUUUUAAUGGCAACCACGAGCAGCAGUAACCUGAUGCAGAUGCUGGUGCUUAGUCGUCCGACGAGUGCUAGUGAUACUAUUAGCCUGCAGUGCCUGUUGAAUGUCAAGUCCACGGGAUUUUUGAGGAGCUUGAACAACUUUAAGUUUAGCCCCUGGGUGGAAGUUGAUGUGAGUAGUCAGUCGGACAUGAGGAGCGCCACGGUGGAAAGGGGCACUGGUGGCCUGCGAAGCGGUGAAAGGUCAGGAGGAGAGUUGAAUUACGUGAUAGGGAUCAGAAAUGAAAAAGAGAUAGUGGAGAUGGUGAGAAAACCACUGUACUACCUGCAGGCAGUGCUAGGAGGAGAGGGACGGGGCGAUGGCAUAGGAUUGUCAGUGGCCGAUUCCAGUGAAAAGAGCGAUGAGCGCAAACUGGUGUACGGCAAACACGCGGUUACGUUGAAUAGAAAGGGUCUGCACAUAAAAGAUAUUGGUGGUACUGUUACUGGUAGUAGUAGUGGCAGCGCUAGUGUUACUGGUGCGGCUGACAAGCACGAGGAACAGUUGAUGUUGACGUUUGUGCACACGGGCAAGGUGUACAGAGUGUACUCGAGUGGAGUGCUGGUGGGAGGUGGCGAAGAGAGAGUGCCACUGAUAGGCUCAGCUGAUGCGAAGGUGGUCCAGUGCGAAAACGUUAAGAACCACCUGGUGCUGCUGACGAGUGACAAUAAGUUGCACAGCGUGACUGUUACAGACGGGUCGGCGACUGCUGCUAAAUCUAAAAGUGAAGCCACACCGACGAAGAGUGGCUCGAGGAAAACAGCUAAAACACCCAAGGCAAGGAAAGCUGACACAGAAAAGGAAGAAAACGAGCCCGUAAAAGUCGUAAAAAACGUGAAGGCGUUCAACAAGGUGGUGGGAAAGGGAAGUUAUGUGUCAUUUCUGACGGUGGAAGACCACCUGUAUCUGUAUAACUUGGAAACCAACGAGAGCGUCUUCCACUUAGAAGGACUGCACGAGUUGAACAGCAUGCUGAGGAUUAGUUACAGUAGUGGCGAUGAGAGUGUUGGUUAUGCCAGUAAUGUCAGUAAUACUGCUAGUAGUACUGAUGGUAAUGGUAACACUGCCACGAGUACGGAUGGUAACGGAGUCGGCGCCGGAGUCGGUGUUGAAAGGGCGCAGGAGGAGAUACUGAUGUGCUAUUUGACGAGCGUGGAGGAUUGCCUGUACCUGGUCCUUCUGAUAAGUGGCCACUGCAUAUACGUGUAUCAGCACUAUGGUCGGACCUUUAAGCUAGUUCAGCACAAGCACAUACAGCCGUAUCCGUCUCUGCUGCUGUGUGAGUCGACGCCCGAAGACGAGUUGGGGGAAUCGACUCCAGUGUAUAAGCUGGUGCCGCGUGUGAGGUCGCACAGAGUACACAGCAGUGAGUUGGUGACGUGCCCAGUGGUAGACGUUGAUAAGUCACAAGUCGUCAAGUUUAGUAGAGAGGGGAGCCUGGACAGGGGAGGUGAGGCAAGGGAAGAGUUGAAGGAGGUGGAGUUGACCGAAGAGGAAAGAGACGCAGUGGUCGAGAAGUUUAAAGCACGCUUUGAAGGAUUCAAGUGGGAAAUUUACACGCUCAAAUCGUCGCAGAAAAAGCUGGUUAUAUACAGCAUACAACUGGUGGGCAACACCAAGGAUGUUAAUGGCGAGGCCGCCAGUUUGUGCACUGAUGAGCUAUACUUGGAUGAAGGGGCACUGUAUCUGCUAAGCGGUAGGGACAGUAGGCUGUAUGUGUAUGAGAUGAGCGACCAUUUUGAUUACUACUAUGGCAAGUUUAGUCACGAGGUGUACGAAGGGCUUAAGGUUGCACACCACUCGAGGUUAAACGUGUUGUAUAGUGGUGAGGGUGCCACUAAUGGUGGAAUUGGUGUUGCCAGUAACGGUAGAAUAGGUGGUAGCACUAACGCUAUUACGGAUGGUGGCAGUAACGCUAUUACGGAUGGUGGCAGUAACGGUAGAAUAGGUGGUGGAAGUAACGGUGUUACAAGUGGUACCACUAACGCUAUUACGGAUGGUGGCAGUAAUGCAAGUGGCGGUACGAGUGGCACUGGCGACAAUUACAUACUCGGGGACAACUACUUCGUGAAAACAUUCAGCUUCGACGGCGGCUUGAGGAGAGUGUUCCAAAGCGUCAACCUGAUGAGCGUGUCGAGUAGAUACUACAGGUAUAACAAGGAAAAUAACACAAUUAGAGAGGCGACACCAGGAAUGAGUGAGCACGUGGCACACGCAGCCCUGAGAGUUGGUGUGAUGGGAAGCGGCACUGCGACCGGCCCCAAGGAAGCAGUAGGGAAGCUAAUAGCACUAGUGGUGACGGUGAGGGAGGAUUCGCUGGAAAACUACUACAAUCUGCUUAACACGAGGAAUAAGCUGCAGCUCAUCCACAUAGACAAGGAGGCGACCAAGUUGGACAAGCUGCUAGUCAACAGGCACCUGAAGGUGCACAUACAGUACUACCAAGUGCUGAGCAGUAUGUCCAGCAGUGACACUGCAUACGGAGCAAUGGGCAGUGACACUGUAGACGGAGGCGUAACUGCAGGUGGUAGAGCAAACGCUACUGUACCAACCAAUAACAAGGCAAACGCUACUGUACAAAGCAGUGGUAAGGCAAUCAGUGGCUCACAGGGAAGUGGUAAGGCGAACCCUACUGUACCAAGCAGUGGUAAGGCGAACGCCGGAGCAAAUGGGAGUGGUAAAGCGAACGCCGGAGCAAAUGGGAGUGGUAAAGCGAACGCCGGAGCAAAUGGGAGUGGUAAAGCAGACACCACAAUGGUGGACCUGGAGGAGGACAACAUGAUCGUGACGCAGGACUACGUGGUGCUCCUGCACUCGAGUGACCUGGAAAACAUACUGUCGUACUACAAGCUGGACACAUUCGAGAGUGUGCUGUCGAUCAAGUUCGGGCAAAUCUACGAAAGGGAGCUCAUACUCGUGGGCACUAACACGAACCUGGGUGAGUACGUCGAGUCGAAGGGAGACGUGCUCAUACUAGACUUCCUGCACUUCGACCCGCUCACGCUGCACCACGCAACCAUCGGCGGAAGCAGGAGAGGCCACAGCAGUCGCGUCGGCAGUGGCCGCAACGCGUUGGACGGAGAGGAGGCGCUGAGGCAGAGUCGCAAGGCGCCCCUGAGGAAAAUGGCGCUGCACUACAAGAAGAGCUUCCUGUACCCGAUAACGUACGUAUCCACGCUCGAGUCGGAGAUGACGGUCCCCUUCAGCCCAGAGUACUUCACGAGUGCGGACGAAGACUGCGGCGGUGUCAGUGGCAGCGGAGGAGGGAUGAAGGAUGGCGACGGCGAGGGAGACGGGGGUGCGCUGGGCCCCGGCGGCCGGGAAAACGCAAACCUGGGCCAGGACAGCGCCACGGCGCGCAGCACCGCCAGCAACAGGCUCAAGGACGAGCAGUGGCUCCGAAAUCAGUUCACGGACGAGACGAACCACAUCGUCCACUCGGUUGGCAGCAACAUUUACAUCCACGAGAUGAAGGAUGUCUACAGCAACCAGAUGAUAGUGCGCGGAGCCUUCAACGACCUGUUCACGUCAAUUUCGGCGAUAUCGGUCUUCAACAAGUUUCUGCUGAUAGGAGACGUGCUGAAGGGGCUCUCCUUUUUCAUGUACAUCUACGACAGUAGCAACGAUAGCAAAAACAUAAUCAGAAUAGCAUCCACUAAUCCGAAGAUCAACUUGCCAAUAUUGUCAUGCUCACCACUGAUAAACAGAAAUACACUGACUCUGCUGGCAUCCGACGAUAACGGAAACCUGUUGCAGUUUGUGCCCUCAAACAACAUUAACACGGAUAAGGACAAACUGAUAAUAAUUGGAGGAGUCAAGUUUAACAACAACAUUGCGCAGAUGUUAAAGUACCAGGACGACGUGGAGUACUCAAUUAUGGCAGUGGGCUCGUGCGGAAGCCUUUACAAGGUUUCCAUGUCAAGCGAGGACAGGUUCGACUUUGUCAAGAAGUUUGAAAACGCGUACGAAAGCUGCAGGAAAAACCGCCUGAACAUCAAGCACUCCUGUCGCAGCAACCUGAACCUGACGAAACAGAUGGUCAACUUGCAGGAGUCGAUACCGACUGCGAGUCAGUCGGUGGUAUCGUUGGAUCUGCUGAGGGACUUUUACCACGAAAACGCCGAGUUUUACAGAAACUUAAUGGCAAAGUUGAACCUGAAUCCAUAUUCACUCUGCACAUUGGCUAGGCUUGGAGAGGUGGAAGUAUGGACAAAGAGAUAUCAUAGCGCUAAUGAGCCUAAAUUCGUAUCGUCUGAUUCUUUCAAUAGCCUUAAUAUAAGUGAUAACCAAAGGCCCUCAUAUUAUAAAAAGUAUACCAACUCAGUUGGAAGCGUCAUAUUGAACAUACUGCAAAGGGGUCAUUUAUCGAAAUCGGCCAGAGUUUCAAAGGAAGCCAAUAAGACCCGGAAGCCUGUACCAUAG